AAGACUUAACUGAUUCCAUUGAGAAAAGAAUCACCAAAGUACUCAGAGAUCUUCUGAAAAAGAAGAUGAUCGAUAACUCUGGUUACAAUAAUCUACGACCUCGUGGGUCUCGUUUGCCCCACAUGUAUGGAUUACCGAAAAUACAUAAACAAGGUUAUCCUCUUAGACCUAUUUUGUCAAAGAUCACUUCACCAUACCACAAAGUUGCACGAUGGUUGGCAGAUAAGUUAGAACCAGUGCGUCAACGAUUAGCCACCUAUACACUAAAGGAUUCAUUUGUAUUUGCUGACAGCAUGAAUCACAUAAAUAUUGCUGGUAAGUUUAUGGUUUCUUUUGAUGUAACAUCAUUGUUUACAAAAAUACCACUUCUUGAAACCAUAGACAUAAUUUGUCAACAUUCUGACAUCCUACCUCUACCAGUACCAGAAUUCAAACGACUGUUACUCAUUUGUACACAAGGUGUUCAGUUCCAGUUCAACGAUAUCAUAUACAAACAAACCGACGGUGUAGCGAUUGGAAGUCCGUUAGGUCCUGUCCUAGCGGAUAUUUUCAUGGCUAACCUCAAAAGAACCAAAGUCAAACGAGCGAUUGAUGAAAUGACGUAUUAUUCGAGGUAUGUUGAUGAUACCUUCAUCGUAUGUAAUAAUAAAAAACAUGCAAUAAAUCUGAUAGAGUUUUUCAAUGAAGCACAUCCGAAUAUCCAUUUCACUAUGUAACAUGAAAAAGAAAACAAGUUCCAUUUUCUCGAUAUCGCGAUGAAACGAAGAAAGGAUGGUACAGUUCAACGUUCAGUUUAUAAGAAAGACACAUGGAAUGGCACUGGUCAAAACACUUUUCACAGAACAGAAAGAAUAUUUACUUCCGAUACACUAGAAGAGGAAGUUAUGAAUGUUAAAAAUGUUUAAAGAAUAACGGAUACCCACUGAAAUUUAUUGAGAAAUACGGCAAAUGUGGAGAUAAAAAAACCGAGAGAAAUUACAGCAAAUAAAAAGCCUAUUUUUGUUCAAUUUCAAUUCAAAGGUGACGAUGUCACAGGAUCAAUCAAUAUGAGACUAAAAACUGCACUGACAAGAACUUAUCCUGCAGCGAAAUUGAUUGUCCUGUCCAAAACAACAUGUUCUUUGACACAAUCAAAGGUCGACAGGUAUCCCUUU